AUGCCGUACGUCCAGCAGGUAGCAGUUGGCCGAAGAGAAUGCCUUAGCGUCUUUGGGAAUGAUUACGACACGCACGAUGGGACCGGCGUGCGGGAUUACAUCCAUGUAGAUGAUCUGGCAGAGGGCCACAUUUGCGCCAUGGAGAAGCUCAUGACCAUGGACGGCGGCUGCAUUACCCACAACCUGGGCUCUGGCAAGGGCUACUCAGUCCUAGACAUGGUCAAGGCCUUCGAGGAAGCAUCUGGCAAGCCGAUAGCCUACAAGGUGGUGGACCGAAGAGCCGGAGACUUGGGAACCGUCGUGGCCAACGCGUCCAAGGCAAAAGCUGACUUCGGCUGGGAGACCAAGCGUGGGCUCAAGGAGAUGUGCGAAACCGCCUGGAAAUGGCAGAGCGAGAACCCGUACGGCUACGAAGAUGGUGAGAAGGAUGAUUCUAGAGGGUUUAGGGUUGAGGGGUUUAGGGUUUAG